CUCACUUUUAAGAUCAGUGGAUCUUAUUUAAAUAAAAGUCUCGCUCCUAAGUUAUUCUGGUUUUACAUAAUAAUAUUUAACAAGUAUGAGAAAGUAAUAGGUAAUGGUGGGAGCAAAUAACAUAAUGCCCACACAAGUUCUAUGUGGUAUUAUUUCAUUUUCUCACCACUUGCCAAUUGUUGAUUUGUCUCUUUUUAUCUUCUUCUUUCUAUUUCUAUUUCUAUUUCUAUUUAAUAUAUUUUUUUUUUCUUUCUACUUGACAAUCCAAGCAUCACACACUCUCCUAUAUGGCUAUAUAUAAAGUGUUAUAAACAGAAAUAACAUACAUAAAAAUCCCAACAUCUCCUAAAAUCUCCCAAACUUUUAAAAAGUUAACCAAAACCCCCAAACAAAAAAAUGAGAAACAAUUUCGUCCCUAUAAUUCUCUCCUUCAUCAUCUUCUUGACUCCAUCAAUCGCAGAACAAGAACCUUCAAUUCUUUCUCCCGUCGAUCAACUCCUCAACAAAACAAGCUCAUACCUCGAUUUUUCAACAAAAUUCAACCAACCAAGAAUCGAACUAACAACAUCAACGAUCAUCGCCGGCUUACUCUCUUUCCUAGCUUCAUCAAUCUCAAGCGCCGGUGGAAUCGGCGGUGGAGGUUUAUAUGUUCCGAUAAUGACAAUCGUGGCCGGUCUCGAUCUAAAGACAGCUUCAAGCUUCUCAGCUUUUAUGGUUACUGGUGGAUCUAUAGCUAACGUGGGAUGCAAUCUAUUCGUUAGAAACCCUAAAUCUGGUGGCAAAACCCUAAUCGACUUCGAUUUAGCUCUUUUAUUGGAACCAUGUAUGCUUCUUGGAGUUAGUAUUGGUGUGAUCUGUAAUCUUGUUUUUCCGAACUGGUUGAUUACGAGUCUCUUCGCUGUGUUUCUUGCGUGGUCGACGUUGAAGACUUUUGGAAAUGGACUUUAUUAUUGGAGAUUGGAAUCGGAGAUGGUGAAGAUUAGAGAAUCGAAUAGAAUUGAAGAAGAUGAUGAAGAAGAUAAGAUUGAGAGUCUAAAGUUGCCUCUCUUGGAGGAUUAUCAGAGACCAAAGAGGUUUCCAUGGAUUAAGCUUGGAGUUUUGGUCAUUAUUUGGCUUUCUUACUUCGCAGUUUAUCUUCUUCGAGGAAACAAAUAUGGCGAGGGAAUCAUAUCGAUCGAGCCAUGUGGAAACGCCUACUGGCUCAUUUCAUCGUCUCAAAUACCACUAACUCUCUUCUUCACUCUCUGGAUCUGCUUCAGUGACAAUGUUCAAAGCCAACAACAAUCAGAUUACCAUGUCUCAGUAAAGGAUGUAGAAGAUUUGAGAUCAAAUGAUGGAGCAAGAUCAAACAAGUGUAUGUUCCCUGUAAUGGCUCUAUUAGCUGGAGUUUUGGGUGGUGUUUUUGGUAUUGGAGGUGGAAUGCUCAUUAGUCCUCUUCUUCUCCAAGUUGGUAUCGCUCCCGAGGUAACUGCAGCGACAUGUUCUUUCAUGGUUCUUUUUUCAUCAACGAUGUCUGCGAUUCAAUACUUAUUACUAGGCAUGGAACAUACCGGAACCGCAAGUAUAUUUGCGGUUAUAUGUUUUGUGGCAUCACUCGUGGGACUAAAGGUGGUUCAAAAGGUAAUAACCGAGUAUGGAAGGGCUUCGAUCAUUGUGUUCUCGGUUGGUAUCGUCAUGGCAUUGAGUAUUGUGUUGAUGACAAGCUAUGGAGCUCUUGAUGUUUGGAAUGAUUAUGUCUCUGGUCGUUACAUGGGUUUCAAGUUACCUUGUUGAGACCAAGUUUCAUAAUACAUGUGUAUAUCAUAUCACCAUGUUGUUGCUCUUUCAUCCAUUUGGUCAUUUAGAGUUAACAAGCUUUCUAUUUCUUUCUUUUGUAUGAUUUUUAAAUCACUAUUCAGAAUGCACAUCUCGUGCAUUCGAAUAUAUGGUCAAAUAAAAGUUAUGUUCUGGACCUAAAUUCAGAUUUCAAUAUCCAAUUCUAUGCAUUUGUUUGUGUAGUUUUAUUGUCAUAGUGUUGUCCACAAUUGCCGUCGUUGGCAACUACAUUCAGAAAGAGAUUGAUUUGAACUAUAGAAUGCUUUGAGUUAUUCAAAAACAAAGAAG